GCAACAGAGCUGUUCAUAGUACAUUGCAGGUUACGACAUGCAAGCCAGUCAUGACUUUGAAAGAAAGACUAGGAAGUGCAUUCACCACUCUUUCUUUCCAACUAUGCGCAAAACCUACCAUCUCAUUGAAUAACUAAUACUGUUGUUGAACUGACACUUGGAAGUUGGAUUGUCUUUCCUGUACCUGUGGAUUUGGGUCUCUGAGGGACAUCAGUAUGAAGGUGCCUCACUCAUCACUGAUCAACUUUGCUCUACUGUUGAUUCAACUAUCCUGUGCAUCUGGGGGCAAAAUCCUGGUGUUCCCAUUGGAUGGAAGCCAUUGGGUAAACAUGAAAGUACUAAUAGAGGAACUGCAUGCCAAAGGCCAUGAGGUCACUGUGGUUCGGGCAUCCGAUAGCUGGUACAUCAGUGAAAAGUCUCCUCUCUACACCUCUGUCACUCUUCACAGCCCUGGUGGAUUUGAGAAAAACUACUUUGAAGCCUUUUUGUCUCGACAGCUAGAGAUCCGGUUUCAGGAUAAGCAUGCCUCUUUUUGGUAUAAAAUCUGGACUCGUAUUCAACUCGAACGGCUGGUUGUGGACCAGUUCUCUCUGCUCCACAAAGGAAUGAGUGAAAUUGUUAUUCAGAUGUUUGAAGAUGAAAACCUGAUGCAGUCUUUCCAUGAAGCCAAAUAUGAUGUGGUUUUGACUGAUCCCGGCAUCGGUGUAGGGGCAAUGCUGGCACGUCGGCUCCAAGUUCCUCUUGUUUUUAAUGUCAGAUGGACCAUUCAAGGUGAAGCUCAUUUCCUUCUUGCCCCCUCACCUCUGUCAUACAUUCCCUUUACUGCAACAGAGUUGACAGAUAAGAUGACCUUCCCUCAAAGAAUAAAGAAUGUACUAAGUUAUAUUUUUGGGAUGUACACAAUGUCAUACAUCACAGAACCUCAUUACAAACCAGUAAUUAAGAAGUAUUUUGGUCCCGAUGUGGAUUACUCAACAUUUUUCCUGGAUGCAGAUAUAUGGCUCAUGAGGAAUGAUUUUGUCUUUGAUUAUCCACGUCCAACAAUGCCAAAUAUAAUCUACAUGGCUGGAUUUCAGUGCAAGCCCUCAAAGCCGCUCCCUGUGGACCUGGAGGAGUUUGUCCAGAGCUCUGGAGACCAUGGGGUCAUUAUAAUGACCUUAGGGACUUUAGUCGGGGAGCUUCCUCAAGAUGUUGCUGAGGAGAUUGCUGCAGCCUUUGCCCAGCUGCCUCAGAAGGUUGUAUGGAGGUAUAUUGGACAAAGGCCAGCCAACCUGGGCAACAACACAUUAAUGGUCAACUGGCUGCCACAGAACGACCUCUUAGGACAUCCCAAAACUAGAGUGUUUGUGGCCCACGGAGGCACUAACGGGGUUCAGGAGGCAAUUUACCACGGAGUUCCUGUAGUGGGACUUCCCUUAUUCUUUGAUCAGCCUGACAAUCUCUCCAGAAUCAGAGCAAAGGGAGGAGCUGUGAUUGUGGAUAUUGCCGAGCUUGACAGACACAUCUUUGCAGAUGCCCUGAAGACAGCUCUUUACAAUUCCUCUUACAGGGAAAACAUGCAGAGGCUCUCAAGGCUGCACAGAGAUCAGCCCAUGAAGCCACUGGACCAGGCAGUGUUUUGGAUAGAAUAUGUCAUCAGACAUAAAGGAGCCCGUCACCUGCAGAUACAGUCCAACAAAAUGUCCUGGUUUGUUUACAACUCUGUUGAUGUCAUCGCUGCUUUGUUGGCAGUUGUUCUGCUAGUAACGUUCAUCUGCAUUUCAAUUGUAAGGUUACUGUGGAGAAUUAUUUUUGCUGGGAAAAAAGUAAAACAUGAAUGACAUGAAAAUAAAAUGUGGGUUUUGUGUGCGAAAAGCAACUAAUUAUCAUUUAACAUAUGUUUUCAUUUAAUUGUGAUACAGUUAAUGCUUUCAUGAAAAAUAAAUAUUUUAUUGUUUCACUUUA